AUGGGCGAUGUGGUCAUCGGUGCCGUGCGGGAACACAACGCUCUGGCGCCUAUUCACGUCAAGCUUGCAGUUGAACAGAUCCUCGAGAUCUUUCUAGCUCUAUCAGAGAUUGAUAUCCCAACUCCAUCGAGUCCUCAGGGGUGGUAUCUCCGUGUCAAAAGUGUAUGUCGUCGUUGGCGCUCGAUCGCUACGAGCUCUCCCGAGCUAUGGGCGCGCUGCGCUGGCUCUUUCCUGUCUCGGAACAUGACCGAUCUCGCGAUACAGCGUGCUGGCCUUAACACCCUUCUCAGUCUUGAUGGACAUAUCGAGAACACAGGCUCGGAAUGCGUGCUGACCGAGUAUCAGCUAUCGCUCAUUGAAACACAACUUGAGCGUCUAUGUUCCUUCGUGCACGAGAAGUAUAGAGACUGGUCAAGUCUGUUUUAUCGCCUGAAGACGUUCCCGAAGUUACAAUCAGCGAGGAUAUGGGAUGAUUCCGGACCCGAGAUGUGGUCUUGGCGUAUCAAUGCACCGCUCCUGCAGUCCCUUUACAUGAACAAUGCCCUCAUCCCCUUCGAUGCGCCGAAACUUCGAUAUCUACGCGUGGAUAUGGACGAUGUUAACUGGCGUCAACCACAAUACACACCCGAAUCGGACGACUCUGACUCGCCUAUGUCCGACGGUUGCGAACUCGCGAUCCCAAGGAUCUUCCCCACUAGUGACUUCGUGGCUUUCCUGCAGCGUUCACCGUGUCUUGAACGGUUGGUCGUCACCAACAUGCCCCCACUGAUCACGAAAGGACUGCCGACUGCGUCGGAGCUCCACGCAAGGCUACCGCACUUGCGCGGACUGCAUCUAGGAGGGAAAUCUCAAGCGAUGGGUGAUUUCUGGCAGAGACUUGAUGUCCCACCGGAUGUCCAAGUGUUCAUUGAUACGGAUUACCCUCGGGGAGACAACCUUGACCCAGAGAUGUCUGAGAAAGUGAUGGAUCACUUGAACUCGCCCAUGCAUGAUAGCCUGAGGCUUUCUUUGACACCGUCCUAUGAUAUGCUGAUUCAGAUGUGGUCAUCCGAAGCUCAUAAUGCGUUUGGUUUGGAUCUGCCCGCCUCACUUGAACUGAUGUCCGGUUCAGCAGGGGGACCUGCGUUUACCUUGCGGGUUCCGAGUGAGAAGCUCGACGUUCUGGAAUCAUUCCUCACCCAACAAGAGGAUCUAUUGGACCUUGACCCGGUCGAGCAGACUGCUGACGAUCUGUCGCUCAAAUUUCGACGAGACGUCACUAUGCGCUUCCACAUGCGGGCUUCCCAGCUGAUCAGACAUAUGCGUUCUCCAACGCUUCGUUGCAUCGACUUCACAGACUUGCCGCUCAUAGAUCCAGUGAUCGUCAGUCCACAAUUGACUGCGUGGACGAUCCCGAUGAAGUUUGAUGACUACUUAUGGGAGCUUUAUCGAGGCAGAACGCGCAUGGGCGUAAUUCUUGACUGGUCUUUCUUUCAAAGUGCACUCGAGCGCAAUCGAGCACGUGAUUUCAUCCCACGCAAUGUUUGGGAGGUGACGAUAGUGAACUUCCCUUGUGCUGCGUUCCCAAGUCGCGCUAGAUACGACGAGGACUUCAACGCGAAAGCCUGGGACAAACUGUAUAGGAUGUUCUUCCACACCCACUGGGAUCCUCAGGGGUAUGAACAUCGAUGGCAUCACUAUGACCAUCUUAUGACAUUGAAAUUGGCCGAGUCGAGAACCGAGAUGUCUAACAUGAAGCGUUCCGAAGAGCCGGAGUACAGGCAUACGUUCCAAGGGUCGUACGAGGACGCAGUCAGGGCAGUGACAGAGCAGGGCUACCAGCGCGUCGCCCCAUAUGUUGCGGGUUUUGAAGAUCUACGUGUCCAUAGUUGGCCUUACUAUUGA